AUGCUAAAGUAUUAUGGUUUUCAGUUAAGAUUGCGCAAUGUCGAUUUCGACAGAAAUUUGCCUUUUCCUGCAUGCUUGAUCUCGAUCGCUGUUUGUUUCAGGAGGUGUGUAAUUUGUCUCUUGUUUGUCAGUGUGCCGAUGGAUCCCCAGUGUUCAUCCAAACACGUUCUUCUUGCAGCUGCUGUCAUCCUCUGUACGUGUAUCCCCUCCUGCAAAGCGCAAGAUGCAGUCCAGAUCGUAGCAAAAGCGGUUCUUUGCUUCGAUAACCACACGGUGAUCAACAAGUGCCUGCAGCAAAUUGGGAUCAGCAGCAACGCGAGGGCUUCAACGCAAGGCGCCACCGCCGGCGGCGGUCGCGGCCACCGCGCCGCGGUGCUGGACACGAGCACGAACGCCAGCGCGGCGCUGUGCGACACGCCGUGCUUCGGGCACAUGAUGAUGAUGACGGGCUGCAUGGACGACAUCCUCUCCAACUUCCAGGGAUACAGCGCCGGCCUCAUCAAGGGCUACCGCGCCGUCUUCGAGAUGUCGUGCAGGGUGGUCACCGCGGCCACGGCCAACGGCGCCACAGUCGCCACCGGCGACGCGGACGAUCGCCAUUCCCCGUCGCACGGCGCCGCUAAGGGUUCUCUUGUGUCCGGAAGCUCCGCCGCGAACGGCGCCGGCCGACUUCGCGUCGGCAACCUUGUGUGGGCGGCCAUCCUUGCGGUGACACACAUGGCGUGA